CAAGCGCGCCUCACAGUAAAUAGCGCUGUGAAUCGAGUAACCGUCGGUAUUUUGAUCGAUUGAGCUUAGAUCAGUCGCGAUGAGUGAGGCGUUUGAAGGAUAUGAACGACAAUACUGUGAAAUCUCCGCUUCUCUGUCGCGGAAAUGCACGGAGGCUGCUGCUAUCGAUGGAGAACAAAAGAAGCAGAAAGUCUCAGAAGUGAAGUCUGGUCUAGAGGAUGCUGAAACCCUAAUCCAAAAAAUGGACCUUGAGGUUAGAAGCUUGCAGACAAGUGUGAAGGCAGCAUUGCUGGCAAAGUUACGGGAAUACAAAUCAGACCUAAACAACCUAAAGAGUGAUGUUAAAAGAAUCAGUUCGUCUAAUGCGAAGAAUGAUACAAGACAGGAGCUGUUAGAAUCUGGGAUGGCUGAUGCGAUAGGCUUCUCUGCUGAUCAAAGGCAAAGACUGUUAAUGUCAACUGAGAAAUUGAACCAAUCUAGCGAAAGGAUCAGGGAGAGUAGAAGAACCAUGCUUGGGACAGAAGAACUUGGUGUAUCAAUUCUGCAAGAUCUGCAUGAGCAAAGGCAAUCUCUUCUACAUGCUCACAAUACAUUGCAUGGUGUGGAUGAUAACGUUGGCAAAAGCAAGAAGAUCCUGGCUACUCUAUCAAAAAGGAUUGACAGGAACAAAUGGAUUAUAGGCUGCAUAAUAGUAGUCCUCUUGCUGGCAAUUAUCUUAAUUAUUUAUUUCAAGCUCAUCUAUUGAAUCAUUCUCUGAUGCAAAUAUGCUUCAUCUCCUGCAAUAAUAUAGAGUUGUAAAUUUAUUUGUUUUUUUUUAAACAGCUGAUGUCUUUGUUGUUGGAGAAAUUAUUAUGUGCAGAGUCCGGACAAAAUAAUCGUCCGGAAUCUAUGAGGGUAUACAUCAAAUGCAUACACAAUAAAAAAUAAGAUUAUAUAUUUGCUUUGUACCCUUACAUAAUCCGAAUGAUUCUCCCAUCCAAACUCUGCAUGUAAUAAUCUUUACCGUUGUUCGUAAUCCUUGGAUGGUGCUGUGCUUUUUGGUUGAUGGAAUGUCAUCAUUAAUGAAAAAAAAAAAAAAAAAA